AUGGAGUUUCUUAUCCAAAGAUUCGCGUCUCUAACAUUAUCCGAUACUCUGGAACCUGAACAUAUAGAAGCACUAAGAAAAAAUAUUUUCAAUAGUAAUGAUAAUAAUCAUUAUCAUCAUCGCCGUCAUCCUACUCUCCCUGUUCUUUCACCUCUUCCACCUUUUCCAUCUCAAUCUCUUCCGCCUCAUACUACUAAAUUAAUGGAUCCA